AUGUCUCCCAGGGCGCCGCUCGUGGAUAGAGCCGAGAUCAAGUCGGCCUCGCUGCACAACCCACUCUCCAUCUUCCUCCACGCCUACAUCUGGCCCUUCCUCUUCCUCUGGCCCGCCUUCUUCAGCGUCUACCUCUCCGCCGAGAGCUAUGACAAGUACAUCAACGGCCAAGAAUGGACGUUCGUCUUCUCCGGCACCAUCGUCACGCUGCAAUCUCUCCUCUGGCUCAUGACCUUCUGGGACGUCAACCUCCGCGCCUGGUUUACCGCGACUCGAGCGAAGAGCGUGCAGGAUGCCUCGCUUAUCAAAGUGAUUCCUGAAGCGAACGCCGGCGCGAGUGAGAUCUGUGAGAUCAAGAAAGAGAGGGUUGCUGGGAGGGAGAAUGUCAGUUUUCUGUUUCAGAAGAGACGGUUCUUGUAUGAUGAGAAGAAGGGCACUUUUGCGCCUCUGGUGUACAACAUCGACCAGGAGCCAAAGCCUUUGAUCAAGGACUUCCAGCAGUCGAAGGGUCUGGAGAAGAAGGCGGAUAUCGAGAGGUUGCAGCAAUACUACGGACAGAACAUCUUUGAUAUUCCGGUGCCCACGUUCACGGAGCUCUUCAAAGAGCACGCCGUUGCGCCGUUCUUCGUCUUCCAGAUCUUCUGUGUCGGACUUUGGAUGCUGGACGAGUACUGGUACUACUCGCUCUUCACUCUGUUCAUGCUUGUGGUCUUUGAAUCUACGGUCGUGUGGCAACGCCAGAGGACUCUCAAGGAGUUCCGAGGAAUGAGCAUCAAGCCGUACGAUGUCUGGGUAUAUCGCGAGAAGAAGUGGACUGAAGUUCAGAGCGAUGCUCUCCUUCCUGGAGAUCUUGUGUCAGUUGGCCGUACCAAGGAAGAUUCCGGCGUGGCAUGUGAUAUGCUUCUGGUUGAGGGCAGCGCCAUCGUAAACGAGGCUAUGCUUUCGGGAGAGAGUACGCCAGUGCUCAAGGACUCGAUCCAACUGCGACCUGCGGAAGCAAGCAUCGAGCCAGAAGGAUUGGACAAGAACACUCUUCUUUGGGGAGGAACCAAGGUUCUUCAGGUACAGCAUGGUAAUGCUUCUGAGGACGCACCUGAUACCAUCCCUCAAGCUGCUUCUGGCGUGCCACCAGCACCGGAUAAGGGAUCUCUGGCCAUUGUGAUCAAGACUGGUUUCGAAACCAACCAGGGUGCCUUGGUCCGGACGAUGAUCUACUCUACCGAACGUGUCAGCGCCAACAACGUGGAAGCUCUUCUCUUCAUCCUGUUCCUCUGUGUCUUCGCAAUCGCUGCUUCCUGGUACGUCUGGGUUGAGGGUGUCAAACAGGACCGCAAGAGAUCGAAGCUGCUCCUUGAUUGUGUGCUCAUCAUCACAUCUGUCGUCCCGCCAGAACUUCCUAUGGAACUCAGCUUGGCCGUGAACACUAGUCUUGCAGCUCUGAGCAAGUACGCGAUCUUCUGCACCGAGCCAUUCCGGAUUCCUUUUGCCGGACGUGUGGACAUCGCUUGUUUCGAUAAGACUGGUACUCUGACCGGGGAGGACCUUGUGGUCGAUGGUAUUGCUGGACUCUUCUUGGGAAGAACCGACGCAAAGACAGAAGCGGACGGCGCACAGAGUCAGCUCACACGAGUCAGUGAUUCUGGAUUGGAGACUACCUUGACGCUCGCGACCGCCCAUGCUCUCGUCAAACUUGAAGAGGGCGAUGUAGUCGGUGAGCCCAUGGAGAAGGCUACUCUUGAAUCUCUGGGAUGGACUCUUGGCAAGAACGAUACUCUCACGGGCAAGACUGGCGGCAACCUGGUACAGAUUAAGCGCCGAUUCCAGUUCUCCUCUGCCUUGAAGAGACAGAGCUCUGUGGCCACAGCUGUAACGACGGAUCGUCAGACCGGCAAGAAGACCAAGGGCACCUUCGUUGGUGUGAAGGGUGCGCCGGAGACCAUUCGCAAGAUGCUUGUCACAGUGCCACCGAAGUAUGAGGAGACGUACAAGUACUUCAGCCGAAACGGUGCUCGUGUGCUUGCUCUGGGCUACAAGUUCCUCUCCACGAAUGACGAAAUCUCACAGAAGAAGGUCAACGACAUGAAGCGUGAGGAUGCUGAGUGCGAGCUUCACUUUGCUGGAUUCCUGAUCUUACAAUGCCCCCUCAAGGACGAUGCCAUCAAGGCGGUCCGCAUGUUGAACGAGAGCAGCCAUCGUGUGGUCAUGAUCACCGGAGACAACCCGCUCACUGCUGUACAUGUCGCGAGACAGGUCGAGAUUGUGGACCGAGACGUUCUCAUCCUUGAUGCACCUGAGAACGACGACAGCGGCGAGAAGCUGGUUUGGAGAAGCGUUGAUGAUAAGACCAACAUUCCUGUCGAUGCCGCCAAAGAUCUCGACCCUGAGAUUCUCAAGUCCAAAGAUCUCUGCGUUACUGGCUACGGUCUUUCGAAGUUCAAGGACCAGAAAGCAUGGCAUUCGCUUCUGCGUCACACCUGGGUGUAUGCUCGUGUCUCACCUAAGCAAAAGGAAGAAAUUCUGCUUGGCUUGAAGGAGCAAGGCUACACGACACUCAUGGCCGGAGAUGGCACGAACGACGUCGGCGCUUUGAAGCAAGCACACGUUGGUGUCGCUCUUCUCAACGGUACCAAGGAAGAUCUCGACAAGAUCAGCAAACACUUCCGCGAGACCAAGAUGAAGGAGAUCUACGAGAAGCAGAAAGCCAUGAUGCAGAGAUUCAACCAGCCAGACCCACCCGUACCUGCUCAGAUCGCCCAUCUUUACCCGCCAGGCCCAAGGAACCCGCACCACGAGAAGGCCAUGGAGCGUGAGGCAACAACAAAGUCUCAAAUUGCUGCUUUGAAGGAAGCCGAGCAGAAUGGGAACGCCGACGUUCAGAAGUACACUCCUCCACCGCAGCCUGUUGUAGAGAAGACGCCUCAAGAGAUCAAGAAGGAGAAGGCACAGAACGCUGCUAGCCAAAUGGCCGAGAAGUUCUCCAUGUCCAUGCUUGAGGAAGAGCUGAACGCCGAUGAACCUCCAACGAUCAAGCUCGGUGACGCCUCAGUCGCUGCGCCCUUCACUAGCAAGCUCGCAAACGUUGUCGCCAUUCCCAACAUCAUCCGACAAGGACGAUGCACACUCGUGGCCACCAUUCAGAUGUACAAGAUUCUUGCGCUCAACUGCUUGAUCAGUGCUUACAGUUUGAGUGUGCUCUACCUCGACGGCAUCAAGUUCGGAGAUGGACAGGUGACGAUCAGCGGUAUGCUCAUGAGUGUGUGCUUCUUGAGCAUUUCUCGUGCAAAGCCUGUCGAACAACUCUCCAAGGAGCGACCACAGAACAACAUCUGGAACUGGUACAUCAUCCCAUCCGUUCUCGGCCAAUUCGCAGUCCACAUUGCCACCCUCAUCUACAUUUCCGACUUCGUCCACAAGUUUGAAGCCAAGAAGGAUCGCAGCGAGAUCGAUCUCGAAGGCGAAUUCGAGCCAUCGCUUCUCAACUCGGCUAUCUACCUCCUCCAGCUGAUCCAGCAAAUCUCUACCUUCGCCAUCAACUACCAAGGUCGCCCCUUCCGUGAAUCCAUCAAGGAGAACAAGGGCAUGUACUGGGGCAUCGUGCUCGUCACCGCCGUGGCCUUCUCCUGCGCGACCGAAUUCGUCCCCGAGAUCAACGAGCAGCUCAAGCUCGUGCCCUUCGAGAAUGAUUUCAAGAUCACCCUGUGCGUUCUUAUGAUCCUGGACUACGUCGGCUGCUGGUCUGUGGAGAAGAUCCUCAAGAUGCUCUUCAGCGACUACAAGCCCAAGGACAUUGCCGUCAGGAGACCGGAUCAGUUGAAGCGCGAACAAGAGCGUUUGAGGAUUGAGCAGGAGAAGGCGGAUCGGGCGAAGGAGGUUGCCGCGGGCAAGGCUUGA